AUGAGUAUUAACGCCGGUGUUCUUCCAUCACGUUACGAAAACGAAAAUUGUGAAACGCUAUUCAACAAUGAAGAUAUGGGCAUGGCAGCCGACAUCCAUUUGCCAGACGAUCUUGUAAAUGGGCUUACCAGCAGAGUUUUCGCUCAUCCUGAAGAUCUCCUUUCUGAUGUUGGCAGAAAACUUAUGAAAUCAGAUGUCUAUCAGAAGAAUGUUGUAGCCUGUGUAAUCGACGAAGGUUAUUGUGUGGAAAUGUGGUAAGUAAAAUGUCCAUGUUAUUUAUAAAUGCAUCAACAUUUACAACAAAUUGCAUUCAACUCUUCUUUUAACAUUUUAUCUGAUUUGUUUUAAUAUCAGUUUUAGUACUACUAAAGUGAACUCCAACCAGUAUUGUGUGUUAAUCAGAGAGCCAAAUUGUUUGUUGUGUGAUGAAAGGCAAAGGCUUGCAAAGCCCAACCAAACUGCCCCCCCCCCCAUCUCAGUCUUGCACCUAUGCACUUUGGUUUGCACCAUCCCCACUGAACACUUGCCAGAAAUCUUCUAUGUCUGGCAAAUAAGAAAACCCCUGCCUAAGACAAAAUUUGUUUAUAAAUGUGAUUCUUAUAAAAUGCCUUUCCUAGAUUUUGUGCUAUGGGUUAUAACAAUUUAUAUAAACAGUUGUUUUAAUGUUAUAGGGGGAAUGACUUCAGAAAGGAUUUUAAAGGACUGUCAUGUCUGAAGGCAAUAUUUCCCUCAGUUCCAACCUUGGUCCUCACUGCUACUGCACCACCCCAGCUCAUCUUGGAUUUGAAAAAAAGUUUGUGUUUAAGUGACAACUGCAAAGUAAUAAAAAAAAACCCUAACAGGAGCAAUAUAUUUCUGGAUCGUGAAAAGCGCUUGAGCAACAACCAUGCAUAUGAUAGUUACUCAGCAAUACUUAAACCAAUUGCUGAAGAUCUUUUGAAUCAAGGUACAAAUUAUCCUAUUACAAUCAUAUAUAUGAAACUCAAAUACUGUGGUUUUGCAUACUCAUUGUUUAACAAAACUUUACAAGAGAAACAGUAUGAUGGUUCUGAGAAAACCCCCUCUUCACGAUUAUUUGCACAGUUUCAUUCACCACAAACAAGGAAAAUGAAGCAAGAGAUAAUUACUGAACUUAAAAAAGAACAUUCAAGAAUACGUGUUAUUUUUGCAACUACAGCAUUAGGGAUGGGUGUUGAUGCACCCUAUGUUAGCAAUGUCAUUCAUAUUGGACCAUCAUCAAACUUGGAAUGUUACUUUCAAGAAAUUGGCAGAGCUGGACGUAGUGGACACCCAGCUAAAGCAGCAAUCUAUUUUAAUAACUCGGACAUAGCUGCUAACAAAUGCACCAUUAAUGAUGCAAUGAAAUGGUACUGUCAUUCUGAUGGUGUUUGCCUUAGAAAAAUAUUGCUCGAGUAUUUUGGUUUUCACAAUGUUGUGCAGAAAAAUUGUUGCCGUGUUUGCAAUGGUUUUGAUUACAAUGCAUCACAAACAGUGGCUGUUAAAAUACCUGUUAACCAAACCAAA